AUGUAUUACAGAAAGAAUCUGAACUUCCGAUACCUCCACCAGAUUCUAACUGGUAAAAAGCAGAGUGUCCAUUUGAUGCACUUGAGGACCUCAGGAACUUCGGGCUACACAGGGAGUCUAGACGAGACCACCUAUGAAAGACUAGCAGAGGAGACCCUGGAUUCCUUGGCAGAAUUUUUUGAAGACCUCGCAGACAAGCCCUACACAUUGGAGGAUUAUGACGUCUCCUUUGGGAGCGGUGUCCUGACGGUUAAGCUGGGUGGAGACCUGGGAACCUACGUGAUCAACAAGCAGACCCCAAACAAGCAGAUCUGGUUAUCUUCUCCCUCCAGUGGACCCAAGCGCUAUGACUGGACAGGGAAGAACUGGGUGUACUCCCACGAUGGCGUGUCCCUCCAUGAGCUGCUGGCCACAGAGCUGACUGAAGCCUUAAAAACCAGACUGGACUUGUCUCCCCUGGCCUAUUCUGGAAAAGGCACCUGAUGGCCUGCCCAGUUGUAAAGACAUUAAGCCCUGCAAGCCCAAGAUCCCAGCUUCCUUCCACAGCCGAGUGCCUGUUUUUUUUCCAUUCCUACUUUUGAGAGCAGUCAGAAAAUGUGUCAGCUCUGUGAAAAAAAA